CACUCCUUCACUCAGUCACUCUCCCCUAGCCAGUGACGUCCACCACUGCAAACAUCUGCUGCCUGCCAGACCCCCUCCUCGCAGUCACGAUGACCCGCGCCCUCUGCUCGAGCUCCCUCCUCCUCCUCGCGCUGCUGCUGUCCCUCUCCUGUCCCGCUCGCGCUGAGCCUCGACGGACCACGUCCUCGCAGCGCAGCAGGGCGCCUCGCGCACCCGCCUCCAAGGUGCGUCUGGCUGGCAACUAUGCGCGAGAGCCGCACGAAGGGCGCGUGGAGGUGCUGCACAACAACACGUGGGGGACCGUCUGCGAUGACGAGGUGGACAUCAAGAUGGCCAACGUGGUGUGCAGAGAGCUGGGCUUCCAGAGUGGGGUGACCUGGGCCCACAGCGCCAAGUAUGGAGAGGGAGCAGGCCCGAUAUGGAUGGAUAAUGUACGCUGUGAUGGCUCGGAGCAGUCCUUGAAGGACUGCAAACACAACGGUUGGGGGGUGAAUGACUGUAAGCACUCUGAAGACUUGGGGGUGGUGUGCACCGCUGAUCGCAGGCCGGAUCAGGCGGCGGUCAGGGGCCCCAGCACCGCCGCCAGGCCCAAUGGCAGUCCCGCGCCUCAGUGGCAGGGCCUCGUGACCACCCGCAGGCAUCCAGGAUAUGGCCAUUAUGGAAACGGGCAUCAAUAUGAGAUCCCCAGGUUCCAAAGACACCACGAGGGUCACAGUAAGGUGAAAAUCGAGGAAGUUCGCCUUCGUCCCAUCCUCAUGUCUACCAAGAAGAAGAGCCUGAUCGCAGAGGGUGUGGUGGAAGUGAAGCACGCUGGGAGAUGGAGGCAGGUUUGUGACCUGGGUUGGAGUGUCAACAGCAGCCGAGUUGUGUGCGGGAUGCUUGGCUUUCCAGAGGCUACUCAGCACAACGCCAAAACAUACAAGAAAAUAUGGGAUACCAAGGUCGCAGAUCCUACUACAAGAUUGAGCAUGAUGACGAAGAAGAAGGGAUUCUGGGUAGAAAAAGUUCACUGUCUGGGCACUGAGAAUGGCCUGUCAGAGUGCCACGCUCAGCUGUCCAUCCCCCGUAGUCCCACACCUUGUAAGAACGGGAGACACGCAGUGGUCAAGUGUGUGCCUGGACCUCAGUUCGCUCGCAUGUCCUCAGGAAGACCCCAGGCCCCCCAUCCAAUUGUGCCUGUGCGUCUGAAGGCCGGCCCCAGGCUGGGCGAGGGUCGCGUGGAGGUGCUCCGAGACGGAAAAUGGGGGACCAUCGUGGACCACAUGUGGGAAAGACCUGCAGCCAGUGUGGUGUGCAGAGAGCUGGGCUUUGGUUCGGCGAAGGAUGCCCUGCAAGGAGCCUUUAUGGGUCAAGGUACAGGACCAAUCCAUAUGAACAGUGUCCAGUGUAUGGGUUCAGAGCGCUCCAUCCUUGACUGCUACUACCAGGAAGUCCAACCGUGGACAUUCAAACACAGCCAGGACGCCUCAGUACGCUGUAACGUCCCUAAGACCGGAACAGAGAACCUGGUGCGACUUGUUGGUGGUAGAGUCCCAUCAGAAGGCCGUGUGGAGGUGUUGAUGGAUGUUGGGGGACGUAAGCGUUGGGGCUCUGUCUGCAGUGAGAACUGGGGCAUCAACGAGGCCAUGGUGUUGUGCAGACAGCUCGGCCUGGGCUUCGCUGCCAGUGCUCAUCAGGAGACCUGGUACUGGCCUGGUAGUGACCCAAAUGCAGCCGAUGUGAUUCUCAGUGGAUCUCACUGUGUGGGCACAGAGCUUUCGAUUCAACAGUGUCGCCGCAACAACCAUGUCCACUGUCCUCGAGGAGGUGGAACUAAGGCCGCCGGGGUCACCUGUUCAGACACGGCACCUGACCUCGUUCUGGACUCCCAGCUGGUCCAGGAGACGGCCUACCUGGAGGACCGACCCCUCCACCUGCUGAGCUGUGCCAACGAGGAGAACUGUCUGUCCUCGUCUGCUGCCAGGAUGAACUGGCCUUACGGACACCGACGCCUGCUCCGCUUCUCCUCCCGCAUCAUGAACAUGGGUCGGUCCGAUUUCAGACCCAAAGCGACGAGAGAGAGCUGGACGUGGCACCAGUGUCACAGGCACUACCACAGUAUCGAGGUGUUCACACAUUACGACCUGCUGACUCUGAAUGGCACGAGGGUUGCAGAGGGACACAAGGCCAGUUUCUGUCUGGAGGACACGUAUUGCCCCGACGGACUCCAGAAGCGGUUCUCCUGCUAUAACAUGGGUGAUCAGGGUAUCUCCGUGGGCUGUUGGGAUACAUAUCGCCACGAUAUCGACUGUCAGUGGAUCGACAUGACAGAUGUACGGCCAGGAGACUACAUCUUCCAGGUGGAAAUCAACCCCUCAAUGGACAUGGCUGAGUCUGACUUUAUGAACAACGUCAUGAGAUGCCGGUGCAAAUAUGAUGGCCACAGAGCUUAUAUGUAUGGAUGUCAUGCAGGUGAUGCAUACAGUGCAGAGAUUGAGGACCUGUUUGAGCACCAGAGGCAAAUCACCAACAACUUUGUGUAGCCCAUCCUGGGGCCCAGCGCGAAGGCCUUCCAGUGGGGCCCAGAGACUACUCAGGGUGGGCUGAGGUCGAUGGCCCCCGGCCCUUGGGACCUCAGGACCCACAAUAACAGACAACACACAAAAAAUGGCGCCUGUUCAUCUCCUUGGCAGAUGUGGAUAAAAUAUUCAUAAGCGCAUCAUAUCACAGCAGCGACCAUUACAGAGACUCCAUUGACAACAAGAGGGGAACAGGUGCCGGACGGCUCAACAUGUUUUUUUACUCUAGUUCAGUAAGAAUUCAAACUAUACAGAUGUUUGUGAAUGUGGACGACUAGUAACUUAAGUUAGUUAUUCAAAACGUAUACGCAUGAAAGACCUUAAUGUCGCUAUAACUAAUCUGUCACAAAGGCAACGGGGGAAGAGAUGCUGUUGGGAAACCUCAUUCCCAAUCUAGGGAAUAUGAAAAUUUGAGAUUUUUUUUUUUUUUUUUAUAAUUUCUGUUUCAAAAGGCUGAUUUAAUGCACGUGUAGCAAAAGUACUAUAAUUUGCUCUGUUGGCAUUAUUUUACCCAAAUUCUUUACAUAUUGAAUUUUGUAACUUCAAUAUCGGUGCUCUUUAGCAAUACUGUAUGUCGUUAUAUUACGUUUCAGGUGAACAGUGUUGUACAAUGCAUUUUGGGUAGUUUUCUUUCACAGUUAAUUAGGCAUUUUAUCAUUGCUUUGGUUUUAACAAAAUCAUUGUUUUAUAAAAGUGUAGUCAUUUUGCUUCUCAUCUAGAUUAGGUAAGAAGAAGUCAAAUGAUUUUUAUGGAACAAAGCACUUUAUCUUUUAAACAUCAGUAUUCUAGUUUUGCCCCCAUACUUUUUUUUUUUUUUUUUUUAAUUAGCCACCAAAUUGACUUCUUAGGGUCUUUAUCUAAAAAACACUUAUUUUUUCAGAAAGUGAAAUAUAAGGUUUAUGUUUUGUUCUCAUAUACAAUGUAUUAUUUAUGCUGUAACUUUAUUUAUUCAUGGAUUUCACUCAUACACAGCAUGCUCAGUAAAGAGUUUGUUAGUUAGCGUUCAAUUAACAAUACUUAAUAUAUUUUUUUGUUUUUCUGACGUAAUUAACCAGAGAGGAAAAAAGGAUUUCAUAUGGGACACGGUAUUAUAAUGUUCCCAUGAUGCAGAUGAAUAAUUGUUGAUUUAUUUUAUUUUAGUUAUUAAAACAACUGUAACUGUACGGCUUUUCUCUCCCAGCCUCUCUGACGGGAGGGAAAACCGGCCUGACGAAACCACAGUAUUGUGGCAGGCUGGGUUUUGAGAGCAUAUAAAAAAAACCUUUUAAUUACGUCUGUUUGGGUUAGACAUAAGGUUACGGUUAAGGUUAGAGGCUAUAGCAUGUGCUUUAUAAAGAAACACUAUGGAAUAGUUACUUAAGGGAUCCCAGACAGAGCGAGAAUCUGAAGGAUUUCACAAACUACAAGAAAGAUUCAGAGUAUCUGAGAGAUUUAGUGAGGGAGACGGUGAUUGAAAGAAAGACUGAGAAGGUAAAACAGAAAGAGAGAGACGAGGAUGAAGUUUGGAGAAAGACUUAUGCAGACAGACACUUUUUUUAACUACCAGAGCUGCUUUUUUGUAGGCAGUCAUACAGAGACCACAAGCUGGCAUUUUCAGCUCCCCAACGAGAACAACAUGUUUGUCUGGGAGAAAAAAUAAACUCCUCAAUUCACGCUUCAGCACAGUAAACAGUGGCCUUACUUUGACUAAAGCUGGGCCUGCUACAAUAUACUGUAUACUCUCUAUGCUUUCUCUGCUAACGUUUUAGCUCCACUCCAAACAAUGAUGCAGCUCAAUUUUCUUUACGACUUGGAACUCGUGUUAAUCAUGUUGUUUUACCCCGUUAAUGUGUUUGAUGUGUUGGCUUAAUGUCUUAGUGGUUUAAACCUGUUAAAGAUGGUUUUCUAAUGGCCAGUUUCCAGGACACACUGUGGAAAGGACAAGUCACAGAGCCAUAAAGACAGACUAAAUUACUUUAGCACAUUGUCUUCCUCCUCACUGGGCUUUCAUGAGUCUGACUCAGGCUUAAAAAGAAUUAGUAGCUUUUCAGAAUAACCUUUUAUAAUCAUGCACACCUGGCCAAACACAGCCAGCCCUAUUACUAAAAACUGUUGGAGAUGUUAGCAGAUAGACCUGAAAGUCUAAAACCGAUGUGCUUUUCUAUUGUUUUGUGCUUGUGUACAGUUGCUAUCGACAUACUAUGGUCUGUUCUGUGUGUUAUUUAAAAUUAUAUGCCAUUCCAUAUCUUAAGUUGGUUCAUAUUCACCACUCUCAUCAUAUUACUGUAUUGUGCUCAUGCUAUAGGCGUAGCACGGGGACACUGUUUUCCAUGGCCAGUUAGUAUGCUUUUAUUUUGUCUUUAAAGCUGAGAGUGUGAGCUACAUGGUGCUUAUCUACAAUCCUAUUCUUAGAAAGCUGUGCUCUCAGGGACUUUAACCUCAUCUAAAGAGAAAAAAAAUAAUGUUUCAUGUGAUGUGAUCUAGGUUGCUGUGAUGCAUACACUCUUACAAAAAGUAAUCUGUGCCCACGUGUUUGUGGAGAAACGUUAGGAUGACACUGGCUGAGUCGGAGGCAAAUUUCAGUUAAAGACACAAUCCAUUCAUUCAUCAUUACUGUGAAUCAAUAAAACUUCAUCACAUACUAA